UCAGUUCUGUCAGCGAAUGCACUCAAUUAAUAGAUUCGGCCAACUCCGCCGAUCUCGAAGCUUUCAACUUCGAUCAUGCCUGUCCUCUCGAUUGUCGAGCCUGUUGGCCGUAGCAGGAAUACAUGCGGGUACUGCUCUGAGCCAGGAAGGAGGAGUGCCAAAGCGUCUAGCAUAAGCACUGGAUUAGUAUCCGCGCAACUGUCUUGCGAAGCGAGUUACCUAGGGCUUCGGGGCUGGAGACGAAGUGGGAAAUAUGUUUAUAAACCAGACUUGUAUCACUCCUGCUGUCCCCAGUACACCAUUCGGCUAUCUGCUCUCGAUUUCAAGCCUUCAAAAACGCAGCGAAAAUUAAUUUCGAAGUGGAAUCGUUUUAUCCUUGAUUCUCCAGGGGAGAAACCCCCACUUAAAGCGAAUGGUUACAGGGCAAAGGAUCCAUCGGAGAUAUCCUCACUUCAGGAAUUGCUGCACGCAUCUGAAGCUUCUUUUGUGCCAGAGAGUAAAGUUAAGGCACAUACAUUCACGAUGGAAUUAGAGCCCUCAUCGUAUAGUGCGGAGAAAUUUGCAUUGUACUGUCAAUACCAAGAACAAAUUCAUAAAGAUCUAGACAAGCAGCCGUCAGGAUUCGAACGGUUUCUUGUAGACAAUCCUCUAGUGUUGGAAGACAUCAAGUACACGUCUGGUGCACCGAAGUAUCUUCCAUCACAUUAUGGAGCUUACCACCAACUAUAUCGAGUUGAUGGCGAACUUAUUGCAAUAGGCGUGAUAGAUAUACUACCCUGUUGCGUGUCGUCGGUUUAUUUUAUAUACUCUCCGUCUUGGGGGUGGGCAUCCCUUGGAAAGCUCAGUGCGUUACGUGAAAUUGCGCUCGCGAAGGAGAUGAAUGUAUAUGGGGUUAAUUCAAUGCAAUACCAGUAUAUGGGGUUCUAUAUCCACACUUGCCCGAAGAUGAGGUAUAAGGGGGAGUACCAGUCAUCUUACCUUUUGGACCCUGAAACUUAUGUGUGGCAUCCGAUAACCAAUUGCGUUCCUGAGCUGGAGAAGCAUCCAUACGUGUCUUUCUCCGAUCCUUCCCGAUUUCGUGACGCGCCGCCAUCAUUCCCCUCGCCCGUUGGUUCAGAAGAUUCGGACGACGAAGUUGCCGAUGACGAUGCCCAGUCUCCCCCACAGGAAGUUCUGUCCUGCCUCUGUAAGAGCAGAGUUUUGUUCGAUUGUCUGGAUACUGAGUGGAACGUCUUUCCCUCUGUUCUCAUUUAUGACGCUAGCAAAAGCAUUGGGAUAAUUCAGGCUUUUCAGCAUUCUCAUCCGUUGUAAAUGGGUUAGGGUUCUCCUUGGCAAAACAGGUCCUAUUUUGGAUGUAAGUGUUGUGUGGGUUUUGAGAGUCGUUUCUUGCGGAUCUACUUGCCGCGAUGACACGUAGCCACUGUGCGGGCCCGCGCGGGUUUGUCCGUUUUGGACCAUUUCCGAUCGGUCGAGCAGGCCGGCAAUAGGUUGUAGAUAUAGUCAGCUGUGACUUUGGAAUAUUUGUACCUUGCAAAACGUGCGCGUGGAUCAGGUCAUACCAGACGAUUAACGGCAACAUCUUAACAAUAUUGGUC